AUGGUGGUCUUUAUCAGUUGCCAUGGUGUCCAAGGCCUUAUUGACACCGACGAUUCGACAGAAGACGACAGCUGGUCGUAUUUCGUAAUCACACCAAAGCCGGAAAUAAUAAGAAACCUUCAUAAAAAAAUAUUGCAAGAUGGACCGAGUAUCCAGUCGCUUAUCGUGGAGAAUCCUUCGAUACAGAUUUUAAUGGAAAAAGCCCGAAGGAGAUCACAGAAACUGGAGAUGAGACUAUUACAAUGGACAGACUACUUGAGCUCUCUGUCCUCGAUCGAGAUGCAAAUGCAGCAAUACGUAGAUCACCACGAGAACUUGGAGCCUGAGACCCUGCUGAACUAUGCGGAAUGGUGCGUGUCAUUGGAUUCAGGAGCAACUAAAGGCGUCAUGGAAAAGAUCCACAACCUGAUCGUCCCCAUGUUUCGGAACCAAGGGCUUAUUCAGUUGCUACAAUCGUUUUUGGCUCAGUUUCGUGUUUUGCAUUGGCAACACUACGACCUCGGGCCUCGCAACAUCAGUGGGUGUACGUCAGCCGCCAUGUCCGUCCGACGCGUGCGCAGCUUUCUUGUGGUGCUCGCGCUUGCGACUACAACGCGCGCGAUUUCUGUCGACGACGUCGUUGAUAUCAUAUCACUCGGCAAAGAAAUAGGGCAAGAAGUGAUCAGCUCCUGGGAUGUCAUCGGCAAACCGUUUAACGUUAGUGAGGGGGUGGCGAUACCAUAUGUUCACAGGAAAGAAAGGGAGAUUCUUGAGAAACUGGGCCAAGUCUCGCGAGCUAUUGAACGUCUUGAAGUUAGUGUGCAGUCUAUCGGGCAAUUGGCGGUAAUGAUAUCUAAAAAAGGACAUAGGGCGACGAGAACAGAAUUGCUUUUGCACGAAAUGUCGGUUCUAUUAAGCAAAGUGUCAUCUUCUAAUAGCAAGAUGCGGGAAUACGUCGAUAUACAAACAGGGCUAGAGAGAAGUACGCUGGAGGACUUUGCGUCUCGUUGUGUGUCUCACGAUAGCGGUGCCUUGCCAGGGUUGCUGGAGCGAAUCCAUUCGAUAGUGGUCCCUCCUCACAAGAACUUGUUAGGGCAAGGACUGUUCCAGAUACUGGUUGAUCAUUUUAAGGUUUGUUAUUAA